AUGAAGUUCAUCUAUCUUCUCAACCUUGCCACCCUGGCCAUGGCCGCCCCCAAGACCGACGAAGAGCCCUCCCUCUCCAUGUUCUCCGGAGUAGUCGACACCUCUGACCCCGUGUGGCAGAAGAUCUGGAACGAUGCCAUCGGCUUCGAGGACGACAGCUCGUCUGAGGCGCGAUCCGUUGCGCCUGUCCUUGAGACCAGAGCCUGUAACCAGAAGGACUAUCACCUUUGCCUUGCUGUCUGGAACACUGGUUGCGCACUGAGCUGCCGCUGUGCUAGCUGCUUCAACAGAGCCAUGCAAGAGGGCUUUUAA